AUGCUUCGUCGAAGUUUGCCUCAAAGCUUGAAAUGCUGGAAAUUUCGCAAAUAUUCGACGGCCGCAAUUGAAACUACGCAAGAAGGAAAAAUAAAGUGAGUUUUGCGGAUUUUUUGUGAGAAUGAUGAAACAACAUUGAUUUUUAUUUAGAACAAAAUUCUGGUCAAUCGUCGAUCAAUAUGAAGAUUUUAUUGGUGUAAAAGCGGUGAGAGAAGCGCAAGAUGAAGUUAUGAAGGUUGGUUUGGUUUUUUCAUUAAAAUUAAAUCUAAAAUUAUAAAACACAAUACCAGUUUUCAUUCAGUGGGAGCAGAAAUUGAGUGCAGCACAAAUGUUGAGACGCGAAAAACAGGCGGAAAUCAACAACAUUCAAUCGCGUCUCAAAGAAAUCCAUUUCGAUUUGGAUCGAACGAGCAGAGGAGAAGAUCAGUGAGUUCUUGAGGUGGUUUCUCUGUGAAUUCUAUGGACGGUUUUAGGUAUUUGCAAUUGCUCACUGAAGAACAUCAGAUUAUAAAGAAGGAAAGGGAAUUGUUGGCAUCGUUUGAAGGAAUGGAAACGGCUGAAAGGGAGACUUUUCAUCAAUUGUCGAAUCGGUGAGUUAUUCUAACUUUUUGGGGAGAAAAAAACUGGGGUAAAGCUUGGUUUUUUAACCCCAUAAUCAUAAAAUAAUCAAAAAAAUUUUUUGAAUUUGAGGAGUUAUUAUCGAAAAGCUCAUCGGUACCACGCGCUCCACCGAAAUAAACACGCAACGCAGACCGCGUCGCGCACAACACACACAAAUAAGGGAACGAUUCAAAUUCCCUCCUUUUUUGUGUGUGUUGUGGCGCGGCGCGGUCUGCGUUGCGUGUUUAUUUCGGUGGAGCGCGUGGUACCGAUUAGAUUUUCGAUAACAGAAAUUCUUUCUUCAAGUACGGUAUUCCUCUACGUCACUAACAUCGCUUCGAGACCAACCCAUUAGGGCAGAGAAACAAAGUCAUAUGGGUCUCGCAGCGAUUGGUAGAAACACCGUACUUGGAUUUGAAUUUCUAGACUAUUUUUUUGGCCAGGUUUUUUACUCCAAUAAUACAAGAAAAUUUCAUGCUUGGCUUUUUGCCCUGAAAUUUUAUUUUUGAUAAUCUUUAUUUUUCCAAAAAUGAUUCGCCAAAUAAUGUUUUUUUCCGGUCUGAUUUGUUGAUUUGACACAAUAUUUGGCUAUUCGAAAUUCUGAAAAAGAUUUUCCAAUUCUUAGAAAAAUCAAAUACAUAAUAUUAACUUCUUAGAAGUUCCUGAAAAUUCUUAAGCUGAUCUUUGAAUUUGAAUAUUAUUGAAAAACUUGCCACAGGAAAUCUUCUGAAAAUUUCUUUCAAAAACAUCUUCUGAAAGUUUAUUUUUGAAAAAUCUUCUGAAAAUCUCUAGAAGCAGGGAGAGUUCAGUGAUGUUUUGGCUGAAAAUUAGAUUCACAAGAAAUUCAACUUUCCCCAAUUUUCCAGAGUUCGAACGUCGCACGAAAAAGAGCGCGAACGAGUCGAAAAAACGAAAUGGUGGGGAGUUAGCGCUUCUCUAAUCGGUGCACUUUUGGGUAUUGUCGGAACAUCAAUCGGCAAUGAAAUUCGAAUGCGAAAAUUGAAAGAAAUGCUACCAAUUGGUGGAGCUCAAAUGUCCGAAAUGGCAAAAGCAAUCGGUGAUCAAAAUGAGCAAGUUGCUGUGUUCCUAACCGAUAUUCGAAAAGCUCUUCAAUUAGAGGCGAAAAAUGAGCGAGCUGUAGGGAAAAGUAAUGUGAGCCAAGUUCAUGAUUCGGAGAAAUUGCUGUCUGCGAUUCAAGAGGAGAAUGCGAAAUUAUUGAGAGAAAUGAAAGAGUUAUCGAGAUUAGCUAAAUUGGAAGCGGCUCUUGAAGGAGAUCCAUCAUCAGCGGUUUAUGUUGGAAGUGAUUUGGAGAAAUUGCUUGAUCAAACUGAAAAGAAUUUGGAAUCGAAAAUGAAAUUACAAACUCUUCUAACAGUUGUGUUUAUUUAUACCGCAGUUGCUGUAACUGCUCCAUGGCUCUAUGCGAUUUUCAAAGGAGGAUAA